AUGGUGGCGUGGGCUUUAGAAAUUUCAAAGCGUUCAAUAUGGCUCUUGUUGCAAAAAUAUGGUGGCGUAUUCAUAAGCAACCCGAGUCCCUAUUGGGCAGUGUAUUACCCCCAUUUUCCUCUAGGUGAUGCGAAGAAACAUGCACGUCCUAGCUAUGUUUGGACAAGUAUCUUUCGCACAUCUUGGGUGUUUGAGGAUGGUGCUCGUUGGAGAGUUGGUGAUGGUACAAAGAUUGAUUCUUGGAAGGAUAGAUGGCUUCCAAGUGGAUAUCCUUUGAUAUACCGGGAAGAUAUUGCACAACUUGCUAAUUUAAAUUUUGUGUCAAGUUUAAUGGUUGCUAAUUUGCAGGUAUGGAAUAAAGAUUUGAUAGCGCUAGUCUUCUGUCCUCCCACAGCUAAGGAGAUCUUAUCCAUCCCUCUACCCUUGAGUCCAUCACCGGAUGUUCUCUUUUGGCCCUUGACAACUGAUGGUACUUAUACCACAAAAACUGGCUAUGACUUUGUGAGGCAAUAUCGAUCCCAGAAUGCGGCUUCUCCAUCCUCUAGCUCUGGUGCAAGGGGGCGUGGCCACCAUAAAAGCUUCUGGAGAUCCCUUUGGCAAGCCCAUAUUCUAUCGCGUGUGAAAGAUUUGGGUUGGCGGGCAACGCUAGGCAUCUUACCCGUGAGGCAAGCCUUGAGGAAGCGUGGCAUGGAGGUCAACGAGAGCUGUCCUUUUUGCAUGGUUUCCGACGAGACAACAACCCACGUGUUGUUCCAAUGUCCAAUUGUGCUUAGAUGGUGGUUUGUAACUCCCUUGAGCUUGAGAUUCCGGGAUGGUGAUGAACCAACAAGCUACUUACAGCAGCUAUUCAACACCAAGGAACUUAAGGCCAGUUUUGAGGUGUUGCUGCACCGGGUUCAGGCGCUGAUGUGCGCGGACGGUAACGGUCUUGAGGCAACAGCUCCAGCUCGCGAGGAGGACCAUAAGAUAGCUUGGCGAAGACCGGUUGGUAACACAAUUAAGCUCAAUUUCGACGCCUCUUGGACAUCUGCAAGUGGAGCAGGAUUUGGUAUGAUCGCUAGAAAUAGCAAUGGUGAGGUUAUGGCAGCGGCUGCUCUUGGCUCAACAAGUGCAUCUUCUGUAUUAAUGGCUGAAGCACUAGCGUUCCGAUGGUGCGUAUCUUUGGCUAAGGACCUUAGAUUCUUCCGGGUGGUGUUAGAAACAGAUUGUCUCCAAUUAUUUGAGGCUUGGAAGAAGAAUAGGCCAGGGGUUUCUUAUUUAUUUUCUGUUUUGAAGGAUUGUCGAGACAUGGCCUCUUUCUUUACUAGUUUUGAUAUGUCUUUUGUUCGUCGUUCCGGUAAUAGUGUGGCUGAUUUCUUGGCUAAGAACUCCUCAAAUUUUUACAACGUUAUUUGGAUUGAGGAGUUUCCCCCGAAAUUGGACCUUUUGGUGACUUCGGAUGUAUUAGCCUUCAUGGCGCUUUGA